AUGGUACAAGAAUUUAAAAACUUUAGCUAUGAAGAAAGACUUGAAGAGAUGGGUUUACUAACACUACAAGAAAGAAGAGAAAGCAGAGACCUAAUAACAAUGUACAAAUUAGUAAACAAUAUAGAAAGAAUAGACAAAAAUGACUUGGUACCACAGAUGGAGGGAGAGAGACAGAUGAUGGGGCAUGGGAAGAAAAUAAAGAUGAGUGGAUGUUUAAGCAACAUCAAGAAAUACAGCUUCCUGUAUAGAACUAUUGAAGUCUGGAAUGAUUUGAAGGAAGAGGUGGUUGUGGCAAAUGGUGUACACAUUUUUAAAGAGAAACUGGAUAAAUAUUGUUAUGGAGACAGGACAAAAUGA